CAGAGCAGAGCUGUAGGAGGAGAGGGGCUCUACUUGCAGAUGUCAAUUGCUAUGGGGUCAGAUAAGGAUGGGUUCAGAAGUUGGCAGUUUAAUGAUUUACUAUGAACGGCUUCCGCCUAUCUAGGCACUAUCGUGGUAACAUGCUGGCUCUUGCUCAUACCCCUGCUGCCUUCUUCAGCCUGCUUCCCUGGCCUUGUCUGUGUCCCUCUUCUCAUUAGUUUCAUACUCAUUUUAUCUGACAAAUCAUUUCGUUAAGGUGCCAGGAACAGAAAUCAUAAGGACUUGCCCUACAGAAGUCCUGAAGCGCGUCUGAAAAUAGAAUCGGAGAACAUGAGGGUAGGAAGGGACCUCGGGGUCGCAUCUAGUCCACCCCCUGCUCCAAGCAGGGCCAGCCCCAACUACAUCACCCCAGCCAAGGCUUUAAAAACCUCCUACCCGGGUCUUAAAAACCUCCAAGGAUGGAGAGUGCACCACCUCUCUGGGUAACCCGUUCCAGUGUUUUACUGCCCUCCUAGUGAGAAAGAUAUUAAAAAAAAACAAACUUAAACUUCCCUUGCUGCAACGUGAGCCCAUUGCUCCUUGUUCUGUCAUCUGCCACCGCUGAGAACAGCCCAGCUCCAUCCUCUUUGCAACCCCCCUGCAGGGAGUUGAAGGCUGCUAUUAAAUCCCCACUCAAUCUUCUCUUCUCCAGACUAAAUAAGCCCGGUUCCCUCAGCUGCUCCUCCUAAAUCCUGUUCCCCAGACCUCAAACUAUUGUCAUUGCCCUCCGCUGGACUCUCUCCAAUCUGUCCACAUCCUUUCUGCAGCCUGCCCCUCACAAUUUCUUUGCAACUCCUGCUAUAGCAUGAGCUUUCCCUCUCUGGGUCUUGCGUGCAGAAGAAUCUCAUGUCAAGCGGCAUUUAAACAAAAAAAAAAGUUUGGAGGCUUCCUGCUUGUAAGGAGCGGAGAGCUUGUGUGUGUGAAGUGAGCACCCCCUGAAGGCAGGAAACCAAAAGGCAGUGAAAAAAAACACCGUAUUUGAUUCUUUUUUUUUUUUUAAAACAACCUCUCAUGACUUUUAAGUCAAUGCUGUGAUUUGGCAGACGUGGGGGAUGAGGGAUGCUGAUGUGGCAAAGCAAAUGCAGGCAGGUAUGGGCUUAUGAGCGUGUUUCCAGUCUGACUGUAAGUGAUUUGUCCCUUGGAAGCGAGCCCUCAGCCCGCAGCGACACUGUUUCCCCCUCACCCGUUUGCCUCUCCAUCCUUCUCUGUGGCAUCACCCGCUUUUAGAGUUAGGAGACCCCUCCGGGCAGGGGUCUCGACUUCUUGCAUUGCUGGGAGGUGCCCCUGUGCCUGUGUGGUGCUGUGUACCACAAUAUAGUAUCUGCAUGCGAACGAGCAGUGUGGGAGGCAGAUGUUCCCUGACUGCAGGGAGAGACUUGGAUGUGAGCUGAACACGUGCCCCAGGGUGAAGCAAAGGACUCCGACCUGAAGGGCAGCGCUGAGGAGUGGGAAAGGUGGGUUUGGAGCCAGGCGGCACUUCACAGGACCAUGCACUAACAUCUGGGUUCUCGCCUUACAGCACGUGGAACGAGGCAGCUCUGCUACACCACGGGCCAGGCUGGGGGCAGGUGGAGAGUCCGUGUGCUGAUCUGCCUGCGGCCUGAUCUAGGGUUCACGGGAGGCACAGGAGAAAUCUCUUAAGACGUCUGGAAUUUCUGAGCCCCUGGAUCAGGACUCGGCACCCAGAUCUGGCCUGUGAAGGCUGGGAGGGGCAUCAGUGGCAUAUGGCUUGGCCUGGCAUGGCGCCCCAUCUGCUCCGUGCCGUGCCAGUGAUCCACCCUGCAGUGACUUGCCUCCCCACCCCAGGCCAGGUGUUGCUUACCUGCUGCACUGAGCCCUCAAUGCUGCAGGAAGAUGGGGAUGGGCUGCAAGGCAGGCGGAGGGCCCGGUGCCCCACUGCUGUCUGAUUGCCAACCUCUGCCCUGGGUGAAGGGAGGGGCAGUGAGUUUGCACCAAUUGCAGUAUUUACAGCCCGGCCCAGAUAAGCAGAGCACCUGACAGCCUGAGUGGACCAAGUUACUGCCCAAGUCCCUCCUUGGGGUCCUCUCCCUUCCUCAUGGGCUGGAGCCAGGCUUGAACUGGAUGAACCAGUCCUCAUAGCUUUGACAAGGCAGGGAUUGUUCCGCUCCUGUCUGGGCAGGCGUGAGCUUUGCUCUGGGGAGCUGGUAGGAGGCAGGAACCGGGGUCAUCCUCACAGGCGGGGGGAGACCUGGUGCUGGGACAGGUCAAACCCAGGGUCCGGACGUGAGAGCAGGACGUCUGCACCCCAGAGCUGCCUGCAGGAAAGCAGCUUCAGAUCCUGAGCUGCUCCAGAAAGCAACAGGCGUCCUCCGUGCCCGGCACAGGGCCAUGCCCAGCGGUGAUGGCCGAGGCCGACCUCCUGGAUGUGCCCGCCCUGGACAAGGCAGCCGGCGAGGAGUUUCUGCAAGAGGCCUUUGGGGUCAUCCUGGAGGAGGCCGUCAGGAGGGGGACAGAUGUCGCCGAGAAGGUCUGCGAUUGGAAGGAGCCUGAGGACCUGCGGCACCUGCUGGACCUGGAGCUGCGCGGCCACGGGGAGCCCCAGCCGCAGGUGCUACAGCGCUGCCGCGACAUCAUCCGCUACAGUGUGAAGACAUGCCACCCCCGGUUCUUUAACCAGCUGUUCUCCGGGCUGGACUAUCACGCGCUGGCCGGACGGAUGAUCACAGAGACCCUCAACACCAGCCAGUACACAUACGAGAUCGCGCCCGUCUUUGUGCUCAUGGAGGAGGUGGUGCUGCAGAAGCUGCGGGAGCUCGUGGGCUGGGGCAGCGGAGACGGGAUCUUCUGUCCAGGCGGCUCCAUCUCCAACAUGUAUGCCAUGAACGUGGCCCGGUACCACCGCUUUCCCGAUUGCAAGCGCCGGGGCCUCUGGGCGCUGCCACGGCUGGCUGUCUUCACGUCGAAGGAGUGCCACUACUCCAUCCAGAAGGGAGCUGCUUUCCUGGGCAUCGGCACAGACAAUGUCUACCUGGUCGGCGCCGAUGAGAGGGGCAAGAUGAUCCCGGCCGAGCUGGAGAAGCAGAUCAGCCAGGCACAGGUCGAGGGCGCUGUGCCCUUCUUUGUCAGUGUCACCUGUGGCACCACUGUCCUGGGGGCCUUUGACCCGCUCGUGGCCGUGGCUGACGUGUGUGAGCGCCACGGGCUCUGGUUUCAUGUGGAUGCUGCAUGGGGUGGCAGCGUCCUGCUGUCCCAAAAGCACCGGCACCUCCUGGCUGGGAUUGAGAGGGCAAAUUCGGUGGCCUGGAACCCCCACAAGAUGCUGACGACUGGCUUGCAGUGCUCAGCCUUCCUGCUUCGCAACACAUCUGGCCUGCUGCAUCGAUGCCACAGCGCCGGAGCCACCUACCUCUUCCAGCCUGACAAGUUCUACAACGUGGCCUGGGACACAGGCGACAAGACAGUGCAGUGCGGGCGCAAGGUGGACUGCCUCAAGCUGUGGCUGCUGUGGAAAGCCGUGGGCACCGAGGGGUUGGAGAAGCGUGUGGACCGCGCUUUUGCCUGCACCCGGUACCUGGUGGAGGAAAUAAAGAAGCGGGAGGGUUUCCAGCUGGUGAUGGAGCCUGAAUUCAUCAAUCUGUGCUUCUGGUUCGUGCCACCCAGCCUGCGUGGCAAGCAGGCCCAGGCCGACUACUGGGAGCGUUUGGGGAAGGUGGCCCCAGCCAUCAAGGAGCGGAUGAUGAAGGCGGGCUCCAUGCUGGUGGGUUACCAGCCACACGGCAGCAAGGCCAAUUUCUUCCGCCAGAUCGUCACCAGCCCCCUGGUCACCAGGCAGGACCUGGACUUCUUCCUGGACGAGAUCGAGAGGCUGGGCAGGGACCUGUAGGGAACCAAGCUCCCUGCCCUGUCCCCAUCACUCCUCCUCCAUGGGAUGCCCCCAGGACGCUUGUGCCCAUGAUACUUUCUACUCUGCCCAUGGAGGCCCAGCUCCAAUGCCAGUCCCAGCGGGGCAGGGGUGCUGGAGCUGCAGGGAGACACCUCAGUCCUUUGCAGAUACAAAGCCCGGUGUUUAUUGAGAAUAAAAAUCCUUUGUAAGUGGG